CCUCCUCCUCCUCUUUCUCCUCGCCGCCUCCUCCUGCGCUUGGUCACAAGGGUCGAAGGAGGAAACGGCGCGGCUGUGGUAAUGGAGGAGCCGGCAGGGGGUUAGCCCGCCGGUGAGGUGGGGAGGCUUCUUCUCCCCCUCCCUCCGCCGCCUUGUUUACUUCUUCCUUCCUUCCUUCCUCACUCCCUCCCUCCUCUCGGCUGCUUCCCGCCGCCCCGCUUCAUGGCCUUCAUGAUGAUGAAGAAGAAGAAGUUCAAAUUCCGCGUGGAGCUGGAGCUGGACGAGCUCUCCUCGGUGCCCUUCGUCAACGGGAUCCUCUUCUGCAAGGUGCGGCUGCAGGACGGCGGCAGCUUCAGCGGAGAGUCGUCCAGGGAAGUGGUGCAGGCAAACUGUGUCCAUUGGAAAAAGAGGUUCUUGUUUAUGUGUAAAAUGAGUGCAAGUGCCACUACAGGGGUCUUGGACCCCUGCAUCUGCAGAGUGUCUGUUCGGAAGGAAUUAAAAGGUGGGAAGGCCUAUGCAAAGCUGGGUUUUGCAGACCUCAACUUGGCAGAGUUUGCUGGAUCAGGAAAUACCACUCGUCGCUGUUUACUGGAAGGUUAUGAUACCAAAAACACAAGGCAGGAUAAUUCAAUUCUCAAAGUCUUGAUCAGCAUGCAGCUAAUGUCUGGAGACCCAUGCUUCAAAACGCCCCCAUCCACAGCAAUGUCUAUAGCAAUUGCUGGAGAACCAGAAUCCCUAAAUGAAGACAGAAAAGGAGCAGAGAAUACAAAAUCAUCACAUCUAACUAUAUCGGAUCUCGCAACCAAGAGCAUGUCUGUCCCAGAUGAACUUGGAGCAUGUGGGCAUUCUAGAACCUCCAGCUAUGCAAGCCAGCAUUCAAAAGUUUCAGGGUAUAGCACCUGCCACUCCAGAUCAUCCAGUUUCUCUGAUCUCUGUCAUAAGAGAAAUACUUCUGUGGGAAGCACGUCAACUGGUAUAGGUAGUAUUCUGGAGCCAUGCGAAGAAGAUGAAACCAAAAGGACUGAGGAUAAUUUGGAAGUGCCCGUGAAAGACACAACCUCAGAAAAAUUCAGCAGGCACCCAGUGAAACAGGAUUCUGUGGAAUCACAGCUAAAGAGGGUUGAUGCCACCAGAGUGGAUGCAGACGAUAUUGUUGAAAAAAUAUUGCAGAGUCAGGACUUCAGUUUGGACUCAAGUGCAGAAGAGGAAGGGCUAAGACUUUUUGUAGGCCCUGGAGGGAGCACUGCUUUUGGAAGUCAUCACUUACCCAAUAGGGUUGGAUCUGGAGCAUAUGAGCAAGUGGUGAUUAAACGCUAGAGGAACAGGACUACAGUGGCAGAAUUCGAGGAACUCCAGAACUUGCUUAUUUCCCAGUACUAUUGAAGAUGGGUGUUUCCAAAACGCAAGUUUGCAUUCACCCGAGUUGUCGGAUUGGGUUGCUCAAACUGAAAGUGUCCUCUUCUGUUAUCUACCUGUGGUAUAAGGGUGAAUUUUUCGUCUUUGAGUACUUUGCCAGCCAUUGUGAAUGUGUUGGUAGAUUUGUUACAUUGUUCUAUGUGUCAAUCAAAGCACCUUUUUUGAAGAUAGGACAAAUGGUAUCUGACUUGACUUUAAUAUGGUGAAAUCAAUUGUCGGUAUGUAGAAACGCAUUCAGUAAUGUUCUCUAAUUGCAACCUGGCUGCUGUUGCUUUUUAAUCCCUUAAAAAGUCAAACACAUUAUCUAUUUCAGUCCUUUUCUGGGAGUGAGAAUCUUGCCUCUCAAGUAUUGGCUUAAUUGUUCCUGUCAAACUAGAAUUGCUGCAAAAGGGAACAGCUGCUUCAAGGAAGUGAGCCAGUCAGCUGUGCUUUGAAAGAAAUAGGAUAAUACUGCUACAAAUGUGUGCAACUUUAAGACUAAGUCACAUGUAAGAACUAGUUUAUUACUUAAAAUGAGUGACUAGCUAUGACAAAAUUAAAUCUGUAUUGAAUUACACAGUCAUCACUGCUGACAAGAUUUGAACCCUAGUACUUUAUAGUAUUCAAAGAUAAUUCUCGCUGACAUUUGGUGUGUACUGAAAAAUGAAAGUACUACAUCAUAGGAGAUAUCAUUGAAUAAUAACCAGUAAUGAAAAGUCUAGAGCAUACAGUAGGAUGUUGUUUAGCUCAUACAAUAUUAAAUCAAACCAUUUAACACUUAAAAGAGUGCCUUGUUCCUGAGGAAAAAGGAGUUCGGAACAAUUUCUUAUAAAGCUUUAAGAACAACCAUUAAACAGCUAACUGCUAUAUGCUUAAGCUGUCAAGAAAAGCACUUUAUAUAAUUUUCUUCACCCCAUCUGAAACCAGAAUCUUGUAUUUUAAUUAGAAUUGCUAACUCAGGCCCAGUGUAAAUGAGGCAUGGAUAUGAGCAAAUAACUUACCUCUGUACUUGCUCCAUUUAAAAGGUAUUUGCCCUGUUCUACCUGAUACAUACAUUGAUGUUUGCAACUGCCACACAUGUGGUAUAGUGCAGUGCAGUGCUGGCCAUGCAGAAUUGUCUGCAUAGCUCGUUUUAAGUCAUCUCAUUUUAGUCCAUUUCAUUCAGUUGUUAAGACAGAACUUUUAUUUCAGUGGAACUUGUGCAGAUAAAUAGUUCCUGGUACAUAUAAAUUUGCACAAAUGAAACAUGUAAUGUGCCUAUGCAACAGUUUUGACAAAGCGUUUUCUGACAACAAACAGCCCAUUUUAUUUUUGUAAAAAAUUUUUUAGGGAUUUGGAGUGAAGGCUGCCAACAAUUCAGAAACAUAUUAACAGUUAGUAGUGGGCUUCAGGUGUGAAAAAAAGUUAGUCACUAGAAUUAAUCAGUAUCUUCAAAACCACUUUGAGUAAGCUAAUGAGUUAUUUGGCCUGUGCGGAACAUUGAUGUUCUUAUGAAUUCCCUGGAGUUGGUCAAUGUUUGUUAUCUUUCUCAAGAAACAUAAUGAAAGAUUUAAGUUCUUAGCUAAAUGAAGGAAUUUUGUAUCUUGGAGAUAUGUCACAACUCAUUUUUAUUAUUUAAAUCAUAUGUGUGAAUUGUUAAAAUGAGAACCAUUUCUUCUGUAUUAUGGUACCUGGAAGUAACUUGUCACUGCUUCAUAAAACAUUUUAUUUAGCUUGAAUUGUUCUAAUUGAGUUCAAGUAAAUAUUUAAUUUUUUUAAGCUGCUGUUAAAAUAAUGCAAAGAGAAUGCACAACAAAACUGAAAGAUACAGUGAUCUAGGUAAAAUAAUCUGUUGAAAAAUUGCUAGUUCUAAAAAGUGUCAGUCCUAAAAGAUGAGUGAUUUGGAGAGAACAAAUUGGCAUGAGGGAGAAAGAACACAAGGGAUAAAAAACUGACUUAAGGUCACUAACUAUAAAGGAACUAUCAUGUUCAACGUUAAAAAAACUAUGUUUUGCUUGUUUACUCAAAUGCAAUGUUGGUCACUUCUAGUGUAAAUACCUGCAUUCCCUGACUUAAUACACAUUACACAAAGGCAAUUUUCUCUUGUACCCAUCACACUGGUAAUUUUUUGAAUUCCAUAUGAUAGUUCAAUUAAACAGCUAUUAUGCACUUUAGUCAACUGAGCCAUUUUAAUGAAGUGAUUCCAUUUGUGUCCCCAAGACAUGGGAAAUGAACUUCAUAUUCAUAUAUGGCAUUCAUUUUGUGUAAACUGUACAGUGAUACCCAAAAUUAACAUUUUUUAAGUAAAGUCUGAUUUUUUUACCAUAGAAUACUUGAUGUAAAGUGGUCUUACAAACUCAAU